AUGAUUGCUUUCGUUUGCAGGUACGAUAGAAAAAAUGCUAAAUCCCGUAUUGAUUACUAUGGCGCAAUGGUUAAGACAUACCAGUUCGAGGCCAGUGUGUUCCCGAGUUUCGGUACAUCUAUAAAGAUAGCACCGAUCACAACGGAGCAUGUCCUGAAUCAAGAAACAUGUCUCCAAGUGAAUGGCACAGAGGACAGCAGUAUCAGCAUUCAGUCUGUGUUACCUGAUAUGUCCGACUUCAAGUAUGUAGGUUCAGAGACAAUGCAGGAUUCGGACACGUCUAAAUGGCGUAUGGUGAUGACGGUGGGUGAUAAAGUCAAUAAGUAUACGAUGUGGGUGAAAUACAGGAAGAGCUUACGGGGUGAUCCGAUACCGAUACCAGUGAGGUAUGAAAUGAAAGGUUACAAUACGCUCCUUGGUUCACACUACGACCACUAUUACAUCGACUAUGCCGAAUACUCUGUUGAUGAAAUAGACCAAAAUGUUUUCGAGGUCGACCCAAAAAUGAAAUGUACUUCGUUCCCCGGUCCCGGAUCCCGACACUACGCGACGUUUAAUCCUAUGAAGGAGUUUGUUCAUCCCGUUCACAACGCGCAUGUUGAUGAUGAGUUUGACAGAUUUUUGAUGAAGCACAACAAACAAUACUCCUCACACAUAGAAGAGGCUAAACGACUUAACAUUUUCCGUCAAAAUCUCAGAUACAUUCACUCUAAUAAUCGAGCGCGUCGCGGUUUUACAAUGUCCGUGAAUCACCUCGCCGAUCGAACUGACGAUGAACUGGCUGCUCUACGUGGAAGAAAAUAUAGCGGACCAAACACAGGUCUCCCCUUUCCCUACAGUAAAUCUGUCAUUGAAGAAAUGAGUGUGAAACUCCCCCCAGAGUUCGACUGGAGACUCUUUGGGGCUGUCACUCCUGUCAAAGAUCAAUCAGUAUGUGGUUCCUGCUGGUCCUUCGGAACGGUGGGCGCAGUUGAAGGCGCCUUGUUCCUUAGUAACGGAGGUCAUUUAGUCCGCCUAAGUCAACAGGCCCUCGUGGAUUGUUCUUGGGGUUUCGGCAACAAUGGCUGUGAUGGCGGCGAAGACUUCCGCGCCUACCAGUGGAUCAUGAAGCAUGGCCUUCCCACCGAAGAGGACUAUGGAGGCUAUUUGGGACAGGAUGGCUACUGUCACAUUGACAACGUCACUCUGGUCACUUCAAUGAAAGGCUGGGUUAACGUUACUGUUAAGGACGAGAAGGCUCUCAUGUUGGCCUUAUUCAAACACGGCCCGAUCUCAGUUGCAAUCGAUGCCAGCCAGAAAAGCUUCAGCUUUUACUCCAAUGGGGUCUACUAUGAACCAAAAUGCAAAAACAAAGUGGAGGAACUAGAUCAUGCCGUCCUUGCUGUGGGGUAUGGGGUGCUAAACGGCCAAAAAUACUGGCUGGUUAAGAAUUCUUGGUCCAAUAUGUGGGGCAAUGAUGGUUACGUACUCAUGUCUAUGAAGGACGAUAAUUGUGGGGUCCAGGCGGCUCCCACUUAUGUUCUUAUGUAA